AUGACAGGGCUUGUAGGCAUCCUCGUGCUGCAGGCCACACCUCCACCUGGAGGCCUGUGCACAGCAGAGAAGCCACCUAAAGGAGAGUCCCACGAGAGUGAAGAAUGUGGCAAAGCCUGCGGAUACUGGGAGGGUCUUGUCAGGUGUCAGAGGACCCGUGAGGAUCUCUUCAGUGCUAUAAAUGUUCGUGUGAGCUCAGCUCUCAUCAAACAGAAACAAAUUCAUCUUGGACGGGAGUGCACACAUACUCCUGAGGUCCACACCAAGGAGGAACAGGAGGCUCUGAGUGUAGUGAAGGUGGAGGAAGAGAAGGACCCUUCCUGGGAGCAGAAGCCUGGAUGGCUGGGGGAGGUGCACCUUUAUCAGGAGGUCUUACGCCAGCGCUUCGGGCUCUUCCGUUACCAGGAGACGCCUGGGCCCCGUGAGGCGCUGCGCCGGCUCUGCGAGCUGGGCCACCAGUGGCUGACCCCAGAAACACACCCCAAGGAGCAGAUCCUGGGGCUGCUGGUGCUGGAGCAGUUCCUGACCAUCCUGCCCGCCGAGCUCCAGGCCUGGGUGCGGGGACAGCACCCGGAGAGCCGGGAGCAGGCGGUGACCGUGUUGGAGAGUUUGGAGACAGCACACAACAGGUGGGGAAAGGUUGAAGCCAAGCUCUACAAACAAGGACGUGGGACCUGUGAGCCUUGCAGAUCAGCCCUGACCGUCCAGCCAAAGUGUGAUCCUUGGGAGCACAGGCUUGUGCAAGAGAACAAAGCCUCAAAAUUGGUGAAUUUGCUCCAAAGCCAAGUUCCGCGGAAAGGAGCACAUUGGAUGUUUUCUAGGAUGCAAGAUGUGGAGAAACUUCAAUGUGAGGGCAAAUCAGGACAGCAAAAGGUCGACCCCAUAAGAGUAAAACAACACAAAUGUAAGGAGUGUGGGCAGGCCUUUGCUCAGAGCUCAGGGGUGGUUUGCCCCUGGAGAAUCCAUACUCAGGAAAAACCCUAUCAAUGUAACCAGUGUGGGAAUGCUGUCAGUUAUAAAUCAGCCCUUCUUUCACACCAGGAAAUUCAUAAUAAAAUAAAACGAUAUCGGUAUAAUGAAUGGGUGAAGGCCUUCAGUCAAGACACAGGCCUGGUUCGUCAUCGGAGAAUCCAUACUGGGAAGAGACCCUCUGGGUGUAAAGAGUGCAGUAAAUCAUUUAGGCAAAGCUCACACCUUAUUGGACAUCUGAGGGUCCACACAGAGAAGUCCUUCAGAUGUCAUGGAUGUGGGAGGGCCUUCAGUCAGGGGUCGGGACUCAAGGAGCAUCAGAGAAGCCACACAGGAGAGAGACCCUACCUGUGUAAGGAAUGGGGGAGAGCUUCCCGAGGGGGCACCAGCCUUACUCCACACCUGAGGAUCCACAAUGGGGAGAAGCCCCAUCAGUGUGAGGAGUGUGGACGAGCCUUCAUUCAGAGGUCAAGACUUGUUCAUCAUCAGGGGAUCCACAGAGGGCAGAAGUCUGCGUUUGUGUCCUAACUGUAAGAAAGCCUUUAAUCAUGCAUCCGGCCUUACUGAACCACUCUAGAAAGCUAUGCUGAAUACAGACCCUAUCGCUGUGUGGUAAGUUCGGGAUGUCAGGAUGUGGUGUGUCCAUUCCAUUGUUAUUCUAGGCCGUGAGACAGUCUGAUGUCACACAUCCGGUUGAAAGAUCUGGCGGCAUCAGGGGAACAGACUGCUCGCAUCCUGCCUGACUCUGCAGGGAAUGCUGCCCUGCCUCCUGCUCCUCCAGUCUCCUCCCUUGUGGUCCGUCUGCCCUUCUGCUUCCUGAAGUCCCUGUCAUCACAUACCCUGACUAUCCCGACGACCCAGAGACUCGCAUGUUAUGGGCAGAGGACCACAAAGAUGUCAUGUGUGUUCCCUGCAGAGAACUUAGCAGGCUGCAUGGGGAUAUGUGAUGCUGUUUUUAAAGUUACAUAAAUGAGGGGUGAACUAGGGAGAAGUUUUCAAAUGACUGCUCAGUGAGGUAAUUUGCCCUUUUGUUCAUCUCCCCUUCACCCUGUUGGUGCCAGGGGUGGGGGGCCACCUGCCCUCAUGUUCUGAGGAUGGACAAACAGGUGACACCUGGUGCCGGACGGAGGUACACUCUCAGCACGACAUCCAGGGCCACAGGGGAGCAUGAGGAACAAACUGGGACUUUGGGAUGCAGGCUUUGCAGUAACAAGAGGACGAGGUGGCCCCGAUUUCUUGGGAGGAUGUG